ACUUCAGCAGAGACUAUAGCAACAUCAACUCUCCCAGGACAAACAAGCGAAUCUUCAUUUUCGAAAUCGUUUAGAAUUGAUAAAGAUUGAGAGUUUUAUUCGCAUCAUUUUUAAAUUUGCAUUUAUAGGCGCAAACUCGAUUAUAGGCACAACAACAUUACUCCUCAAAAUCUGUCUGAACUGUUCAUAUUUUACCGUUUUAUGCAUGUAUGCAAAGCCUGAAUGCAUGCACGAAGUUCAAACCGCGGUUAUUUCUGUUUGUUUCCUGAAGUGAUCUAAGUUGAGAGCUGUGGUUUUCCCCGCCGUCCGUUCGCGAAAAGGAAACUGAAUCCAAGUUCUACUAGUAUUCAGAGACGUGUUUCGCAAUACACAUUGACAUUCUUUCUAUCGAGGGAUCCCCAUGAGUCAUCCCAAGUCCAAGACCUCACAGAUAACGACUAGGACCCAAUCGAUUGAUUACUAGCUUAGUUAUCGACCCGAACUCAUCAGUUGACCACCAAGCUGUUGCCGUGAACACACACUCAGAUUUGCAGCUUCUAACUUUCAAUUAGCAACGCUUAGACACAAGGACUCUUCAGUUUAUUUUCGGUUUUUGUCUACUUCUCAACAGAAACUCUGAGCACUUAGCAAGUUUUCAUUUCAUUCUGCUCGUAACAGUCUGUUCGUUGUGAGAGCUUCUCAUCCACAGCUAUAACCCGUACCCAAUGCUUUCGUUGCUUCAGAAGCUUAGGACCAAACUGUACCGAGCAAAAUCGACCACCGUACCGAAGAUGGACUUAGAAGCCCGCAUGGGUCACGACGACAGUCCCGCCUCCGUCUGGAUCCCGCCGUCGGUGAUGGCGGACCGACAUCAUCAUUUCGACCGAAAUCGCAGUUUCAGACGACAGCUUUCGAGGAAGCUGAGUUCCCACGCGAAACAAAUUAGUAAUAGUACUUGUAACCCGACCGCCUGCGCCAUCGCAGUGUGUUUCAUCACGGCGAUUCUGGCGUUGAUCGUCUCUUGCUUCACGUUCUAUCUGUACGUGCAGAGCCAUGGACUGGGACACGAGAUGAAAAUCAUCGAGGAUGCUUUCAAUCCGAAUUCAGAUAGUCAACAUGGUGCUUCACCUUCACCCCGAUUCGAUGGUCCUCAAACAACUAUGCCAUCACCAUCACACGAGGAAGCAGCGAAAUCAGCGGCUUACGCUCACAUUGUCGGGGCAGACAAUGGUCCGAGAGGAAACGAUAGGCAAUUGGAAUGCUUAGCUCAAUGGAAAGCGAACGCAACGCACAACGUGAACUUCCUGGGCACCUACGGCAUUGAAAUCGUCGAGCCGGGUUAUUACUACGUCUACACUCAAAUCUACUUCAGUGAUUCCGAAAGUGGGGCGACGGUUGACCCCUCAUCUCAGCAGGCGUUGCCCAUGCGUUCUUCUACGAAUCGCAACCACGUCCCGCUGAUGGAGAGCGUCGUCCCUUUCAAAGAAUACGCGACGAAGUACCACGGUGGCGUGUUCCAUCUCGACAAGGGCGAUAAGAUCACCGUGAGCGUAUCCAAUGACAAUCUCCGGAUCAACACCGGGAGCGACAAGACCUUCUUCGGGGUUUUCAUGUUGCGUUCGACGACGCCCGAUCACGCCGGGGCUGCAGCAGCAAGUUGAACUUUGAUCUCCGCCUAGCGGGGGAAGAGCUAGUAGGAGAAAAA